AAACGUGUUGUUUGGUUCGCACAGCAGUUUGAGCUUCUACUCCAACCUCUACAAUGGGCCGAAAACUUCAAGAUGCAACUCUUUUCAGCGAACCGCCCGCAGAGGAAAUCAAACUUAAGAAGAAGAACAAGAAGAAUAAACACAAAGAUAUUGAAACUGAAGAAGAACAAAACGAAGAGUAUCUUAAACGAAAGCUUGAGGCGGUUGAAACCGAUGUGAGUAAAAAGAAGAAGAAGAAGCACAAGAAGGACCGGGAAAAUGGAAACGAAACGAAGUCUGAUGAACAAGUAAUUCAAGAAGAAGAGGAAGAAAGUACUGAUGGGUCUAAGAAGAAGAAGCAUCAUAAGGAAGAUAACGAAGCUGAAAUAAAUGAAGGAAAGGGAAGUGAAAACGGUGAGGCGAAACAAGAAGUGGAUUCUAAAGUGGUGGUGACUGGAAAGGGUGUGGAGGAAGCCAAAUAUGUGUCGUUGAAAUCCUUUUCUGAGGCGAAGCUUCCUGAAAAUGUGUUGGAGUGCUGUAAGAAUUUUAAAAAUCCAUCUGCAAUUCAGUCUCAUGCGUGGCCAUUCUUGUUGAACGGCCGUGAUUUUAUAGGCAUUGCGAAGACUGGAUCAGGUAAGACAUUGGCAUUUGGGGUGCCUGCAAUUAUGCAUGUAUUGAAUAAGCGAAAGGGGAAGUCUGCGAAAAAGGCUAAUCCGCUCUGCCUUGUACUGUCACCUACUAGGGAGUUGGCUGACCAAAUUUAUGAAGUUAUAUCCGAUGCUGGGAAAUCUUGUGGUGUUAAAUCAGUUUGUGUAUAUGGAGGAACAUCAAAACAACCUCAAAUUUCGGCUCUACAAUCUGGUGUGGAUAUUGUCAUUGGAACUCCUGGUCGUCUGAUAGAUCUAAUAGAAAUGAAUGUGUGCAAUCUUAUGGAGGUAUCUUUUGUGGUCCUGGAUGAGGCAGAUCGAAUGCUUGAUAUGGGAUUUGAGGAGCCUGUCCGCUUUAUAUUGGGCAAGAUAUCUUCUGCUCGCCAGAUGGUAAUGUUCAGCGCUACAUGGCCUAUAGAAGUUCAUAAAUUAGCUGAUGAAUAUAUGGAUCCUAAUCCGGUUAAGGUGGUUGUAGGUUCGGAGGAUUUGGCCGCCAACCAUGAUGUUUUGCAGAUUGUUGAGGUCUUAGAUGAUCGUUCACGUGAUCAACGUUUACUUGCUUUGCUAGAAAAAUAUCACAAAUCUCAAAGGAACAGAGUGUUAGUUUUUGCCUUGUACCAAUUGGAAGCUGAUCGUCUUGAAAAUAUGCUGCGAAAGAGUGGUUGGAAGGUUGUUGCAAUACAUGGUAAGAAAGCACAACAUGAUCGUACGAAGUCACUAUCAUUGUUCAAGCAGGGAACCUGUCCUUUGAUGGUUGCUACUGAUGUAGCCGCUCGGGGAUUGGACAUUCCUGAUGUUGAAGUAGUUAUUAACUAUACUUUUCCUCUCACAACUGAGGAUUAUGUUCACAGAAUAGGAAGAACUGGCCGGGCUGGUAAGAAGGGUGUCUCUCACACAUUCUUCACUCAUCACAAUAAGGCACUUUCUGGGGAGCUGGUGAAUGUUCUGAGAGAAGCUGGGCAAAUUGUGCCACCAGAUCUUCUGAAAUUCGGUACUCAUGUAAAGAAAAAGGAGUCCAAGCUUUACGGGGCUCACUUUAGAGAAAUUUCAGCAGAUGCUCCAAAGGCUAAAAAAAUAACAUUUGACAACUCUGAUGAAGAGUGAAUUAACAGUCCCUGAAACACAAUAGGGAUAGAAGCAAGAUAUAUAGAGUUAACUAUUGUAAUUGGUGAAAGAAUUUCACCUUCGCCCUAUUUAUUAUUAUUAUUGUUGUUUUCCCUGAUUCAGCAGCAAGAUUGAUCUUGAACAUGCAUCAAUCUGCUUUUGAGUAGCCUGAUGCUUAUAGAAAAUUUGCCUAGAUCCUUGGAAGUAGAAGUUACCAGAUUUUACAUGCUUUGUAUUGUCAAGUUUGCUGAUUACUUUUUUUUUUUUUUUUUUUUUACUCUACUGUAUUGUUUGUAAAUGUGUACUUAUUCAAGUAAUACAUUACCUUGGAAUUAUUGAAGUUAAUGGAGAAGAAA